UCUAAAAUUCACAAACUCUUCUCCCGGAUGUUGUUUUUUCCCCCCAAUGGUAAAACAUACGGGACCUAUCAUUCAUUGUUUUCUAAAUGAAAGAUAUGUGUUUGAGAUAGGUCAUAUUUCUUCUAGAUCGGCAUUACUUGCAGUUUUUGGCUUGCAUGCUUACAGGAAAAACCCGACUGUUUAAUUCAGAAAUAACUAUACAAGACCCUUUAGCGAAACAUUACUGCGUGUGGUCAGCAAACAUGCCUCUUGGUUUAAAACCAUGCUGUGCUGUCUGCAAGACCAACUCUUCUUCCAUGUGGAAAAAGGGCAGCCAGGGGGAGAUUUUGUGUAACAACUGCGCGAGUAAAAGCAUAAGCAGCGGGAGCUCCGGAGCAUCUGCUUCAUCCAGCAUCCAGCAGAAUAACGGCGGAGGGAAACAGUCCAAACAUGAAAUCCACAGACGCUCCGCUCGGUUACGGAGCACCAAGUACAAAGCUCCAGCAUCUGAGAAGAAAGUCUCGACCAAAGGAAAGGGUAGACGACACAUUUUCAAAUUGAAAAAUCCUAUCAAAGCACCAGAGUCUGUGUCAACGAUUAUCACAUCAGAGUCCAUGUUUUACAAGGGCGUCUAUUAUCAAACAGGAGAUGUCAUUAAAGUAACAGACGAGGACGACGGUAAACCGUAUUACGCACAGAUUCGUGGUUUCGUCCAGGACCAGUACUGUGAGAAAAGCGCGGCGUUAACUUGGCUGAUCCCGACUCAGGCCAGUCCUCGAGAUCGCUUUGAUCCUGGCACAUACAUUGUAGGCCCUGAGGAGGACUUGCCAAGAAGAAUGGAGUUCCUGGAGUUUGUCUGUCACGCCCCAUCAGAGUAUUUCAAAUCAAGAAGCUGCCCUUUCCCAACAUUACCAGUUCGUCCAGAAAAAGGCUACAUCUGGACUCAUAUAGGACCGACGCCUGCUGUUGCCAUCAAAGAAACCGUAGGGUGACGUGGAUCCCUCAAAAUCAGACUGAACUGAACUUUUUUUUUCAUUUACGAGACAUUUCAGUACAAUUUCAAGAACGGUCAUGAUGAUUGUGUGUGGAGUUGGCCAUUGAACAGUACAUUUUAUAGUAUUUUCGGUAUACAUU